AUGAAGGCAGAUUUUAAGUUCUCAAAUCUACUAGGGACUGUUUAUAAGAAAGGAAAUUUAGUGUUUACAGAAGAUGGAAGUAAAUUAUUAUCACCAGUUGGAAAUAGAGUAUCAUGUUUCGAUCUAAUUAAAUCACAAUCAUUUACAUUCCCAUACCAACACAGAAAAAAUAUACAGUGCAUUGCAAUUAACAAACAAAAUACGUUAAUGAUAUCAAUAGAUGAAGAUGGAAGAGCAAUACUAGUCAAUUUUGUAUCUAGGAUAGUGUUACAUCAUUUUAAUUUUAAAUCAAAAGUUGCAACAAUUGUUUUCAGUCCUUGUGGAAAAUAUUUUGCAGUUGCAGUGGAGAGAUUCGUUCAAGUUUGGAAAACACCUGACUUUACCGAAGAAAGACAAUUUGCACCAUUUGUAAGGCAUAGAAUUUAUCUGGGACAUUUUGAUGACGUUUUAAGUAUAUCGUGGUCACAAGAUUCGAGAUUUUUCAUAAGUACAAGUAAAGAUAUGACAGCAAAGAUAUAUUCAUUGGAUUCAGAAGAAAGCAAUGUUUCAAGAACUUUCUCAGGUCAUAGGGAUAAUGUUGUAAAUGCAUUUUUCAGUAAAAAUCAAGAAAUAAUAUAUACUAUCAGUAAAGAUGGUGCAUUUUUUAAAUGGGAGUAUACAGAACCUCCAGCACAAGAAGACGAUAACGAAGAUGAAUCCGAAGAUGAAGAAAUAAAACAAAGUCGAAUGGAAUGGAGAAUUACAGCUAAAAAUUUCUUUUAUGCAAAUGGGAAAUUGAGAUGUGCUACUUUUCACCCACAAUCUAAUUUAUUAGUUGUUGGUUUUACAAACGGUGAAUUCAGAGUUUAUGAAAUAGAGGAAGGAUUUAAUCUUAUACAGCUGUUAAGUAUGGGACAAAACACAGUUAAUACAGUAACAAUAAACAACACUGGGGAGUGGUUAGCAUUUGGUUCAUCAAAAUUAGGUCAAUUACUUGUUUACGAAUGGCAAAGUGAAUCAUAUGUACUAAAACAACAAGGUCAUUUUGAUACAAUGAAUACACUCUGUUACUCCCCAGAUGGUUCAAGAUUAGUUACUGGAUCUGAUGAUGGAAAAAUAAAAAUAUGGGAUGUAGCAUCAGGAUUUUGUUUGAUGACGUUUACAGAGCAUACAUCCGCAGUUACUCAGGUACAAUUUGCUAAAAAGGGUCAAGUUUUAUUUUCAUCUUCAUUAGAUGGUACAAUACGUGCAUAUGAUUUAAUACGUUUCAGAAAUUUUAAAACAUUUACAGCUGCAUCGAGAAUACAAUUUAAUUGUCUUGCUGUUGAUCCAAGUGGCGAAAUUAUUGUAGGUGGUUCGCAAGAUAGCUUUGAAAUAUAUGUUUGGUCAGUUCAGACAGGUCAAUUACUUGAUUCUUUAACUGGUCAUGAAGGCCCAAUAUCUUGUCUAACAUUUGGUCAAGAAAAUUCAAUAUUAGCUUCAGCCUCUUGGGAUAAAACAAUUAGAGUAUGGAACAUUUUUGCAAGAAGUCAAACAGUGGAACCAAUCGAAAUUCAAAGUGACGUUUUAUGUCUUAGUAUGAGACCUGAUUGUAAAGAAUUGGCUAUUUCUACAUUGGAUGGUCAUAUUGCAAUUUUUGACAUAGAAGAUGCAAAACAAUUACAUUUAAUCGAUGGAAGAAAAGAUAUACUAAGUGGAAGAUAUUUAGAGGAUAAAUUCAUUAGUAAAAAUUCUAAUCGUGGGAAAUAUUUUAGUACUAUUAAUUAUUCAUUUGAUGGAUUAACUUUAUUGGCUGGUGGUAACAACAAUUCCAUAUGUAUGUAUGACAUUGAUAAUGAAGUUUUAUUAAAAAGAUUCAUAGUAUCUGAAAAUAUGUCAAUAGAUGGUACAUUACAAAAAUUGAAUAGUAGCAAAAUAACGGAUGCAGGUAUAAAUUCAGAUUUAAUUGAUAGGGAUGGUGAACACAGUGACUUGGAAGAUAGAAUGGAUUUAAGUUUACCGGGUUCAAAUAGAGGAGGCGAUCCAAGUGAAAGAAGGACAAGACCAGAGAUAAGGGUUUCAUCAUUACAAUUCUCACCAACAACUUCAGCAUUCGCCGCAGCUACAACUGAAGGUUUAUUAAUCUAUUCAAUUAAUCAAGAAUUACUUUUUGACCCAUUUGACUUAGAUGUUGAUAUUACACCCGAGUCUGCAAUUGAGUCAUUACAAGAGAAAGAAUAUUUGCUUGCCUUGCUCAUGUCAUUACGUCUUAAUGAAUCAUAUCUAAUCCAUCAAAUAUUGGAGAGUAUACCUUUAAUUGACAUUAAAUUAAUUUGUCAAGAUUUACCAGUAAUAUAUGUUAAUAGAAUAUUGAAUUUUAUUGGAGAAUUAUUAAUCAAACAAGACUCACCACAUAUCGAAUUUUAUUUAAUUUGGAUAAAAAAUAUUUUGAUACUGCAUGGUAGAUAUAUUUCAACUCAUAAAUUUGAAUUUAGAUCAUCAUUAAAAUUAAUAUCAAGAUAUCUUAAUAAAACAGCUAAAGAAGUUGUAACAGUAGGUAAGAAAAAUGACUUUUUGUUGAGUUUCUUGACUGAAAGUAAAGAUUUAAAAGAUAAUGAUGAAACUUUUGAAAAUGAUAACCAUGCAGAUGGUGUUAACGGAAUGGAUAUUGAAGAUAAUGAAGAAGAUGGUGGAGUUGAGAGCAUGGAGGAGGAGGAAGAGGAAGAUGAAGAAGGUUGGUUAGGUCCAGACUCAAAGCAAACUCUGGGAAUCCAAUUUUCUGGAUUUAAUGGUGAAGAUGAUAGUGAAGAAGAAGGAGUUGAAGAGGACUCUGAUGAAGAACUAAUAGAAGUAUAG